ACAGCGAAGAUGGCUCUGUCCCAGAGCGACCGUGCGCUGGUUCUCGCUCUAUGGAAGAAGAUGAGCAGCAACGUUGGAAUCUACGCGACCGAGGCCUUGGAGAGGACCUUCGUGGCUUUCCCCUCCACCAAAACCUACUUCCCGCACAUGGACCUGAGUCCCGGCUCUGGCCAGGUUAAAGCCCAUGGCCAAAAGGUGGCCGAUGCCCUGACUCUCGCUGCCCACCACCUGGACGACCUGCCUGGUUCUCUGUCUGCUCUCAGUGAUCUGCAUGCUCACAAGCUCCGUGUGGAACCCGCUAACUUUCAGUUCUUCAACCACUGUCUGCUGGUGACUCUUGCCCGGCAUUAUCCAGGAGACUUCAGUCCAACGAUGCACGCCUGUCUGGACAAGUUUCUGGGCCUUGUGACUUCGGCACUGGUCUCCAAAUAUCGCUGAGGAUGUAUCCUAGUAUCCCAAAGCAAGGUUCCAAGAGGCGGGAAUUGCAGCUGAGCUGGAGUCACAGAACUCCUAUGGGAGUUCCUUGUAUUUUGUUU